AUGAAUUUAGGUAUCGCAUGGCGGAACCCAUUUCUGGCCCUACUGCUCCUCUGCUUCUGCCUGGUCACCGUUGCCGGGAAUUGCUUGGUCGUACUGGCCGUUUGCACAAAGCGGUACCUUCGAAAUCCGACCGGGUACCUCAUAAUCUCGCUGGCGAUCGCUGACCUGAUCGUGGGGCUGGUGGUCAUGCCGCUCAACUCGUUGUACGAGAUGACGAGCCAUGUCUGGAUUCUCGGGUUGACGAUGUGCGACAUUUUCCACGCGCUUGACAUCCUGGCAUCGACCAGCUCGAUCUGGAACCUAUGCAUCAUCAGCCUCGACCGAUACAUGGCAGGGCGUGACCCGAUCGGGUACCGAGACAAAGUAUCAAAGCAGCGCAUCCGAAUCGCGAUUUGCCUCGUUUGGAUCGCAGCCGCGGGUCUCUCCUUUCCAGCGAUUGCGUUUUGGAGGGAGAGCUCUCCCCAUUUGUACACGGACCAGACACAAUGCGUCUUCACCGACUCGGCGUUGUACCUCGGUUUCUCGUCCUUCCUCUCAUUUUAUAUACCGCUUGGGCUGAUCCUGUUUGCGUACGGCAAAGUCUAUGUGAUUGCCAGGAACCACUCACGGGGAUUGAUGAGCGGUAUCAAGAAGAUCAAAGGCGCCAAAAAUGGGGAAGGGAGUCCGAUGCUUGGCGGAGAUGACGGGUCAGCAAUGCGAGUUCAUUUUGGAAGAGGGAUCGGCCUGAAUAAGAAGGGAUCUCGGGGCACAGCAACUGGAAAGCUGCUUCUCGCGCAGAUCCCUUGCAAAGUCGUCCACCCGCCUAAGAAAGACUCGAUCGGGAACUAUAGCACCAGCUCAUUCCGUGUCGCUUCGAAAAACGAGGAGGAACAAAAUUUGCUAAAAGCAAAUGGCAACGGCCGAGCAGUGUCGCUGUUGGCAAAGACGCAAUCGGCGCACAACUUCUUCCCUAGCGACCGGGAAGAAGACAGCGCGCUAAUUGUCUCUAAUCACCAAUCUCCGAUUCCAUCACCAUUCACCGAUCGAUCUCCAUCGACGUCGAGGCGACCGAUGCGGAAGCGGGUUGGAGUUCGGGAGAAAAGUCGACAGAUGAUGAAAUACGUCCACGAACAGCGGGCAGCUCGCACGUUGUCCAUCGUCGUAGGCGCCUUCAUCCUCUGCUGGACGCCUUUUUUCGUCUUCUCCCCCAUCGCUGCCCUCUGUGAAUCGUGCUUUUCCAACCGCGACACAAUGUUCACUAUCUUUACGUGGGCCGGUCACCUCAACUCGAUGCUCAACCCGCUGAUUUAUUCCCGAUUUUCUCGUGAUUUCCGGCGUGCAUUCAAGCAGAUACUGACGUGCCAUCGAGAACGGAAGACAAAAGCUGCAAUCCGUACGCCACUCUCACUUGUCUUCACCCAACUCAUAUCCAUCACCCAAUUCUGGGAGCAGCCUGAAGAAGAAGAGCGG